AUCAUUCACACACGUUUUGCACUUUUUCCUCUCUCUCUCUCUCUCUAAAAUACUUCUUUUCUUUCUCUCAGACUCUGAAACUCUUUUUCUCUCUCUGUUUCUAAGGCCAAAGAAGAACAACACCUUCACCGCCACCUAAACUAACAACAGCAGCAUAAGGUGUGAAGCUAUUGAAUUCACUUAAAAAUUCUCAAUUUUUUCCUUCGUGUUCUCUCUUCCUCAAUCCUUCUUUUUACACGAAGUUCGGGUAAUCAUCAUCGAACCGAAUUGAAACCGUGAAUAAUAUAUUGGUUUCUCGUGGCGGUGAUCAUCGUUGUACCCAGAAAUUGAAAAAUUUGAAGGUAAUAAACAAUUGAUGGAUGAGUAUUCUCGUAAAAGAGGUGUAGAUGGGAUGGUAUUCCCUAGAAAGGGGAUGGGCCAUGUAUUUAGAGAUACUGCUAAUACUAGAGAUCGAAAUGGUCAAAUUUGUAGUCGAUUGGGUUGCAGUAGCAGAGCCAAUCUUCCCAAAGUUGCUCACGUCAGAUCUUCUGAAAAAGGUAAAUCUUUGAGGCCUUCAUUUCAGUCCUCUUCAAGUAGCAAGGAUGCAAUUGGAAGUUCCUCUAGAACUACUAGUUACCCAGCAAAACGACUUAUAGAACCUCGGAAAACAUUAUCCUCUCAGUUUGAGGCACAUUCAUCUGAAACUAGUAGUGUACAGGACGGACCAGAAUUUUCAGUGCCCAUCCCUCCAACAGAAGAAAUUCGGAGAGGGCCUCUAGUUGAAGGAGAAAGUACAGAGUCUAGUAAUGCAAUAUUGAUGGAAGUAGGAAGUUCCAGUGCAGUAUCAAAUACUAGAUCUCAAAGAGCUGGAUUGCGUGCGCAAGAAAUUAAAAGCACUGGUGCAGUGAGGCGGGCUGUUUCCAGCAGGUAUGGGUUGAGAAACCUCAAAUGCAACUCUAUAUCUGACGUCGUCCCAGCUGGUUGUUCACCGUUGGAUUCAAGCCUUAAUAGAAGGAAGGAUACAAUAAAAAAGGGAAACUGUGAAGGGGGAAAUAGUUCCACUGUUAGGGGGAAAAAUAUCACUGGGUCUUCACUGGAAGGACGGAAUUCUGGCUCCAGAAAUGGCAUAUCUAUAUCCGAUUCAAGAAGAUCUAGAAAUGUUCCUUCUCACCGGAGCACCAGCGUGGCAUCAGUAAGAACUCAAAGAUCAAUUAGUGGUCAAGCCAGGGGAAGGUUUUGUAGCCAAGGAAACGAAAACCCUGUGGCAAGCAGUGAUUCCCCUCUUAACAUUCCCCUUUCACCUCAUUCUGGUGAUCUUGAUGCUCCUGGCUUUUCAUAUCAUACUUCUAUGGAGACUCCUCUAAGUGGCUCAAGCUCUUAUGGUAGACCAGGCAAUAGCAGUGAGCAGUUAAGUGGUGUUAUGCCUGCAUCUCCUGCAGAAGAUGACAACACUCAUUCUCUAAUAAAUAGGGAUAGCUUUCGACAUUACAACAUGGGUGGUAUUGCAGAGGUGUUAUUGGCACUUGAGAGGAUUGAACAAGAUGCAGAGCUAACCCAUGAGCAAAUUCUUUUGUUGGAGGCCAACUUGUUCCUCAGUGGAUUAAACUUUUAUGAUCACCACAGAGACAUGCGGUUGGAUAUUGAUAACAUGUCCUAUGAGGAACUUUUAGCUCUAGAAGAGAGAAUGGGAACUGUGAGCACCGCUCUGCCGGAGGAAGCACUUGCAGAAUGUCUGAAAAGAAGUAAAUAUCAGUCUGCACCUUUAGAUGAUGCAGAUGAGAGUUGUAAUGAGGAUAAGGAUGAUAUCAAAUGCUGCAUUUGCCAGGAGGAAUAUGUUGUUGGAGAUGAAGUUGGGGAUCUGCAAUGUGAACAUAGAUUUCAUGUGGUUUGCAUACAGGAGUGGAUGCGGCUUAAGAACUGGUGCCCUGUUUGUAAAGUAUCUGCAGCACUGUCCAAUUCAUUUUUACCUCAUUGAUUGCAUUGUUCCUUUUCUUUUACUUUUCAUUUUGUACAAAAUACAGAUACAGAUGCUCCUCACCUCAUCUUAUUGAUCCAUAUGUACAUACAUAGCCAAUGUCUCCAUCCAUAAAAACUAAUAACCUAAGCCACCGGCUUGAUGGACACUGGAACUUGCUAUCCUGCGCAUGAAAAUAGUCCCAUCUUUUUGUUUUGUUUUUGUUUUUGUUUUUUUUGUUUUUAUCGGCAAGUAUUAGUUAGUUUUAGUCCCAUCUAAGUACAUCUUUUUCUUUCUUUCCUUUUCUUUUAUUGAAAAGAAAUUGAAAGAGAAGAAAUGAUAGAUGAUGUAUAUAUAAAAGCAUUGAUACCUUGGAAGUUAUUAGCUCGUUGACUUGAAUGUUCUUGUAAUGGUUGGUUAAAUAGGUACGAUACGAGCUAAUUAUGCCCUGGGUUGGGGAAGUAAUCAAUAGCGUUUAGAUGAAUGGUUGUAAACUUAAUUUAAAUGUUUUUUAUGUUGCA